GAUGUGCAUGGCUCCCAGAUGGUCUGCAAUUGAAGUAAAAACGAACGGUAAAAAGGCUGAAAGAUCUGAGUUUUCUAAACUCAGGAAUCACAGAUUUGCGAUGGAGUGGAAAUUGGCCUUAUGCUGUCUUUUAAUGACCAUCACGAAGUCUGACGCUACCAAUGACUUACCUGUCACCAACGUCGGAAGGAUCUUCUCUUUUCUGGUCCCUGGCAACGGUGUCAGUCAAGGCGACGGCCCACUCCUGUCUAUCACAGCUCCAACAACAUCUGAAGAAGUCCCCACACACGUCCGCGUGGUCGUCCCCAGAGCUGAGUUCUCCACAUCUGUCUCCAUAACCCCUGGUACCACUGGUGCGGUCCAGUUGCCACCCACAGCCGUGGGUAGGGAUACCGGGCCACAGCAAGGCACCGUGAGAUUGGAGGCCAAUUCGCCAGUAACGAUUCAGGUGAUGGUCCAUGUGCACACGGGCAGUUCAUCCUCGGAGGCCUUUCUUGCCUUGCCCUUGGAAUCUCUAGGUAUGGAGUACAUCGCCUCGUCCACAACUACCAGCAUUCAGUUAAAUGCAAAUGACCAAUCUCGUGCCAUGCUUACCAUCACUGGCGUGUGUGAUGGCACAAGUGUGUCGAUAAAAGCAGCCCAACCCGUGACUUAUCAGGGUGUAGUCUACAAAAUGAGACGCACGUUGCGCGUCAUGUUGGACAAUGGGGAAAGUGUCCAAAUUGAAGCCACUGGACAGAUCACAGGCACACGCAUUACCAGUGAUAAACCAAUCGCUGUGCUUUUGGCAACCACAUGCCCUGCUGAAGCAGACGAUGAACACUGCUUCUAUUCGGUGGAACAACUUUCUCCGGUUUACGCACUGGGAAAACAAUUCCUCGUGGCGCAGCUAGUGACUGGCAGGGAUUCCGAUGUCGUUGACGAGGUUCUUGUCUUAGGUACUCGAGCAGGUACUACGGUUGAGAUCCCAGGUCAUGGGAUGAGCCGUAGGCUGGGCCGAGGCGAACAGUGGCGUCUACCCACUGUUCAUACCGACGCCCCAUUAUUCCUUGAAGCAGACAGACCAGUCCAGGUGACAUUAUAUUCGACUGCACUGGACGGCAUAGGUUGCUCUCCUCAACAACAAAGCUGCAACAGCCGUUUUAAAACAAUGACGGUCGUACCGCCCCUGGAGCAGUUCACCAACCGUGCUGAUUUCACCGCUUGGAGCACAGAAGAAAUAACAUCAGGUGCUGUCAAGGCAGAGUUUCAAAACUUCGUAACAAUUUUGGCGAACUUUGCUUGUGAUGAUCUUGCUCCAGGACUGGUGUCAACUUCUGGCUCAUCAGCGAACACCACGUGGGUAAAAGAAGCUGUGCCAAACAAAGUAGGCACGUGUGUGCUGAGAACAGAAGUUCAACCAGGGACUCUACGCAUAGACGCUGAACUACUAGGCAGCAGUGAAGUUCAGUUUGCAGUGCUACUGUACGGGGCGACUGACCUUCUCGCCUACUCGUUACCAGUGACGACGGGCGGGAAUCAUCUGAGAUACAUCUCGCGGGAAAUUGAAAGACACGAGUGUACAAUGGAGUCCUAUGAUCCGUGUAAAGAGAACCCAUGUCAGCACAGUGGGAAUUGCAUCACGGAUGGCAACGGAUAUCGAUGCAGCUGUAUAAGCCCCUAUUACGAGGGAACACACUGCGAAACAGAGGUCGACCUGUGCUCUCUGGAGGUCCCUCUGUGUUUCAACGGUGGUACUUGCACCAAAGAUCAGGGGUGUUUAUGCCCCCUUGGCUGGGCUGGAAGAUAUUGUGAGCGAGAUAUUAAUUCCAAAGCAGCUUCUUCCACUGGAAGAGAAUUUGUGUUCACAUUCAUGGAGCAUUCCACCCCACGACGAAGCCCUUCCAUUCUCGUUUCAACGAGUGGCAACAGCAACACUUUUGUCAACGUGAGCAUACCAGUUGGUGGUUUUAUGGAGACAUUCUCGAUUCCGCCAAAUCAAGUCAAGAUGAUAGAGCUUCCGACGGAAGCAUUAUCUAUUGGCUCUCGCCGACAGUAUAGCGGAGUAUUGGUCAAUGCUAGUCAAGACAUCAACCUCAUUGGCUUUCAUAACAGUAUCACCCCAGGAGAUGGGUUUCUUGCAUUACCCGUGCACGCCCUGGGAACCCAGCACUAUGUGAUCGCAGCUCGCCAGAGAAAGAAACGCCCUGCUGAAAAAUCCCAGUUGGCAAUUGUUGCUGCUAAUGAUGACACGAAUGUGUACAUUAGAAUACAUGUGCCAGUUACAUUCGAAGGACGACUCUAUGCAGCCUACAGCUCUAUUAUUACCAAUCUACAGAGGUUAGAGGUCGCGCAACUCCAGAGCCAAUAUGAUUUAACCAAGGCAGAGGUCUCUAGUGAUGGGCCAGUCGCAGUGCUUUCUGGAAGCACAUGUGGCUACACCAUGUAUGAACAAACCGAUCGGAAGAGCUGCAGCUUCAUGGUAGAGCAGCUUCCUCCAACUCAGUCAUGGGGCAAACGCUUUCUCGUAUCACCCUUCCUAGGUAAUACCAAUGGGGAAACUACUAUUAGAAUUAUCGGGGGUCCCAAACAAACCAUUUUUACAGCUGGACGUACCCAUCCAGGAUAUCUGUAUGAUGGAAGCAUGGAGGAACGGUACAUCACUCAACCAACUUACAUAAUAGCAACCAAGCCUGUGCUUGUGGUGGCCUUUUCUGUUCAAGCGACCUCUGACUGUUCCGGCAAGACCAGCGACUGCCAGAUAGUGUCAGUGCCCACCAUGUCAGUUGUACCUUCUCUGAAUCAAUUCACAAGCUCGGCUGUUUUCACCACUCCCUCCGCCGUCAACACCUAUUCCAUUAGGUACAAAAAUUAUGUCAGCAUAAUAUCUUCAGACUGUUCAGAUAUCAGGCUUUCUCAACCUUCCGAAGUUACUGGAGAGAAGACCAACUGGGAUACAAUUGUCAACAUACCAACCACUGAUCUGUGUAUGGUUGGCAAGGAGAUUGAUCCUGGCCAGUACCGAGUUGGUGCAGAAUCAGGAGAGGUAAUCUUUUCAUCCAAGCUUUAUGGCUUCAACAACUAUGGCAGUGCUUAUGGAUUUCCCCUGGCUCUUGGCGGACAUAGCGCUGAAGGAUUUGUGAAGUUGUCAUCUGGCACUGCAGGAAAGGAGUUCAUUCUGACGUUUAUAUCAGGUGGUAAUUAUUGGCCCACUGAAGGCCCGAGAUUACUCAUCACAGGGUCAACCCAAGCAGCGAAAACUGAAGUCACAGUAACAGGUACUGGUUUGGAGAGAGCCCUGACGUUAGGCCCAUAUGAGACACAAGUUGUUGAUAUCCCACCUACAUUGAUUGCUGUGAAUGGGCAUGAGCCUUACCCUGAUACUGCCAUUCAUGUGCGUUCGUCUCAUGACAUCAUGGUGUAUGGAAUGAACGAUGCGUAUGGCACUGACGAGGGGUAUGGAACUUUGUCAGAUGGCUUCCAAGCACUUCCUGUUUCCGUGCUUGGCAGGGAGUACUUUGUUGUGACGUCUUGGCCAACCUACCAGCAUUAUCCGACACGCUUCAUGCAGUAUGUCAUCAUAGGCAUCCAUGAUGGCACCAGGGUGGACAUCAACUUAAGAGCAGCAGUGUGGUUUGACGGCGUUGUGGUCUACGGUGGUGCCAUGAAGACCAUCACACUAAACAGAUUACAAGUGGCAUACUUCAAGUCCUACAAUGAUCACACCGGAACACACGUGAUCAGCACCAAGCCAGUUGCUGUCAUAUCUGGGACAGAUUGUGGAUUUGCCCCGAGGUAUUCCAAUGACGGACCCCUGGACUAUCCUUGUGAUCAUCAAGUGGAGUUUUUGACACCAGCUGAAAGAUGGGGACACACCUUCCUGCUUGCCACUCUACAGGGCUACAAAGGUGGUGAUAUCUUUGUCAAAACGCAAGGCCUACAUCCUUACUCCUCUGUAAAGCUGGGAUCUGGGGGCAACACACAAAUGUUUAACACUCCGUUUACCUUUAAUGUCGGCCAUCGUGGAUAUGUGAAUCAAACUGUGGCUAGAAGUAGCAUGCCUUUAAGCGUCAGCGCUUUCACAAUCUACCAACCCCUCCUGAAUUGCAUAAAUGAGAAUGGAUCAUGCCACGGCCAUAGUCGGCCAGUGCUGUUCACUAUACCUCCCGUGGAGAACUUCCAAAAGAGGGUGAUAUUCCCCUCGUACAGGGUCCGAGGAGCCGAAGAUAUGGCAAGCUAUGCCGAUAUUUACACCAACUGCUCAGAGGCAGAUUUUGUACUUGUCAAUGGGGCUCGGCAGAGGUGGGACUACCCACUGGAGGAGAUCGGGGAGACUGGGUACUGCGUCUUGAGACUUCAACUGGCUACUGAUGAGACUGCCACAUCUUACGUGGUGGAGUCUUCCUUGGAGACUGGAAAACUUGGGGUGAUCACGUAUGGUUUCAGCACUCAGUCAGGGUAUGCCUUCCCAGGAGGGUUUGCAUAGGUAAGCAGUUCAG